AUGAAGGAUAAUCAUAUAUCCGUAUUAUUAGUAAAAUUCGGAUUAUCUGUUCAUACAGAUAAAUUGGCCAUAUCACUAUUUACUAAGGCUCACUUUUCUCUUCCCGAGAUAUUUGGAUAUUCUGAUUU